AUGCUGCCUCGUGAGCGAAUCGGAAGUUUGUUAGAUAUUGGCUCUCCGUUUUUGGAGCUCUCUUCUCUCGCUGGAGAAGGACUCUACAAGGAGGAAGUGGCAAGCGGUGGGAUCGUGACAGGAAUUGGCCAGAUUCACGGUCACCAGUGCAUGAUCGUAGCGAACGAUGCCACCGUCAAGGGUGGAACGUACUACCCCAUCACAGUCAAAAAGCAUCUGCGAGCCCAAGAAAUCGCCGAGCAAAACAAUCUUCCCUGUAUCUACAUGGUCGAUUCGGGCGGCGCCAAUCUCCCCACCCAAGCGGACGUUUUCCCCGAUCGCGACCAUUUCGGCCGCAUUUUCUACAACCAGGCCACCAUGUCCGCCAAGAAAAUCCCCCAGAUCUCCAUCGUCUUCGGCUCCUGCACCGCGGGAGGCGCCUACGUUCCCUGCAUGUCGGACCAGACCAUCAUGGUCCGCGGGAAUGGAACCAUCUUCCUGGGCGGUCCGCCUCUGGUCAAAGCGGCCACAGGCGAAGAGAUCUCAGCGCAAGACCUGGGCGGCGCGGACGUGCACUCGCGUCUGAGCGGCGUGACGGACUACGUGGCGGAUUCGGAGCGCGAGGCGUGCGAUCUCUGCCGCGAAAUCAUCCAGCACUGCAAUCUGAAGCCGAGCGCCGCGUUCUCGGAGACGCCAGCGGAGGAGCCGCUGUUUGACUGCGCGGAGAUCGCGGGGAUCAUUCCGAAGGACACGAAGAAGAGCUUCGAUGUGCGGGAACUCAUCGCGCGGAUCGUGGAUGGAAGCCGAUUUUUGGAGUUCAAGAAGGAGUUCGGACCGACGAUGGUGACCGGCUUCGCGUCGCUGUACAAUAUGCCGCUGGGGAUCGUAGCGAAUAACGGCAUUCUCUUCUCCGAAUCGACGUUGAAAGCGGUGCACUUCAUCGAGCUGUGCUCGCAGCGCAAAAUCCCGAUUCUCUUCCUUCAAAACAUCACGGGAUUCAUGAUCGGAAGCGAGUACGAGCGCCAAGGCAUCGCGAAGCACGGCGCGAAGCUCGUCAACGCGGUCUCCACCACGCAGUCUCCGAAGAUCACUCUCAUCGUUGGCGGCAGUUACGGCGCUGGGAACUACGGAAUGGCGGGCCGCGCCUUCUCGCCGCGUUUUCUGUACAUGUAUCCGAAUAGUCGGAUUUCGGUGAUGGGCGGAAUGCAGGCGGCGACGGUUCUGAGCACGGUGAAGCGCGAUGCGAUCGAGCGGAGAGGCGGGACGUGGAGCGCGGAGGAGGAAGAAGCGUUUAAGAAACCGAUUCUGGAGAAAUACGAUCGAGAAAGUCGGUAUUUGUACAGCACGGCGCGGCUGUGGGACGACGGCGUGAUUCCGUACAAAGACACGCGACGAGUGCUGGGACUGAGUCUGGCGGCGGUGCACAAUCGCGAGAUUGCGGAUACGGAGUUCGGGCUGUUCCGCAUGUAG